GAGAGUGAUUUGAUUCUAUGACGACGGUCAGAAAUAAUGCAGCGAGGAGACCUUCAGGUUUGAGCUCAGGAUAAUUUUUCUUUAUUUUUUUAAAGGUUUAUUUUUUCAUAUCACUUCAGCCGGUCACUUAUUUACUAGGAAGCCAGAAAGUGAGGAAGUUCACAGGGACUGAAGGGAGCUUCUGAAACACAACUCAUUGUUGAUCUGUGACUUUGAGAUCCAGCUCAUCGAAACCAAACUGUGUUCACUCGGUACCGUCUCGUCUCCUCUCGCAGGAUUCGUCCAAAGGAACAAAACAUGUGGGCGCAGUGUGUGCUGAAGGACAACCGGCCAUGUUUGAAUGUCAGAUUCAGUAUGCCUGUCCUGUCCAGCAAUAAAAUCCUGGUGAGCAGCAACAGGCCAAAGUCUAAGGAGACCAACCGGCUUGAAGAUGAAAUAGUCUAUAACCUGGGUGAAGAUAUUUCUUGGAUGCCUUCUGCCACUCGCAGCACCAUGAGGUAUCUCAGCUCUCGGCACAGGGAAGUCAGUCAGUGGCAGGCCCAGUUUUCUGAGAUUAUGCGCCAGCUGGAAAGAGAAGUCACUGCUCUGGAGCAGCUGAAAGACAUUGUUGACAGCUUUCUUCAAGAGAUGCAGUUGUCCCUUCAGCUGCUGAGCGACUGUAUUUCAGUCGUAAACAGCCUGAGUCCAGCAGUCCUGAGCCAGGACCCCGUCUACACCGAGCUGAGGAAAGAAGAGAGGCUGACGAACGACAGUGGAGAAAUUCUGCGGGCGCAGGUCUGCAUCCUGCUCAGCAAAAUAAGUUCUCUGAAGAACAUCCACAGUCAGCUGGGAGCAGAUUUACACAACAAAGGUGAAGCCACCAAGUUUACCAUGAAAUGCAUGACCCUUGAACUCAACACGCCGAGCUCCUGUCCGCCUGCCGGUCAGUACAAGCCUCACCAUGUGGGCUAUGACACGUGGCUGUCUCACUGCAAAGACCUGAAGACGGCGGCCAACAUCCUGAUGAAGGACUCUUCUUCCUUCAGGGGAAACCUGAGGUUCUCUAUGGCCAAUAUAAAAAAUGCCCAGAAGCGUCAGAGACGCAGGACAGACGACGCUCUGAGGAAGAAAAUCCAUGAACUGACCAAAAACCAGGAAAUGCUGCUCUUGGAAAGGAAGCAGAUCAGUGAUGACAUUUCUGAUCAGACCAAAGAAAUACAGAAACUGAAGUGUGAGAUCAGGAGCUGUGACACCAAACUGCAUCAUGCUUCCCACCGCCUGGACAUCCUCAACCAGAGACCUGGAUACGAGCUCUGCCGGGACUUGCCACACAUCAGCCUCACGCUGGAGAAUUACGACCUGGUAAAAAUAGGAGCUGGACUUCGCUCAACGCUGAAGCUCUCUCAUCAGAACCUGGAGCUCCAACACAAGCACCUGAUGAUUGUCGAGGAGAAACUGGCCAAAAAAACACACAUCCUAGAGGUGGAGCAGAAGUGUCAGAGCCUACUUCAGACUUUCCAGCCUGCCCAUGACACCGUCGUAGUCCUUGCCAACAAGGCCAAACUUCACAAGACCACGAGCAGCUCCGGCUGUCAUGAAUGCUUUCAGUAGGGCGCAUCUGCAGUCUUUUAUUCAUUAAAACACGUACGAGCCAACUCCCCUCGACUUGUUUGGAAUCAGUCUGCGCUUCCUUUUUGUUUUCAAGACUGAAAUGUUUUGGAGGAAAUUCUGUUUUUCAAAAGAUUUAAAAAUGAUUAAUAAAUCACACAUAUCUGACGCGAAGCUGGAUGUAGAUUUUUUCUUUCCUUUUAAAAUUUAUUCCUAAAAAGAUGUUACAUGCUUUUAUUUAAAAAUCAAACCUAUUAUUUACAACGAUACAUUGCAAUAAAUAUGUUCUCCCUAAUGGUGUUUGGGAGCUGAAACAUAUUUGGUAAACAACAAAAGGGAGGCGGUGAGUCCUGCUCCCUUUUUUGCCCACUUGAUGAAUCCUUUACUUAAAAGAAAAUAAUGGAUAAGACAUGAGAAGAGACGGUGACAGAAAAAUCAAAAUCAGAACUGUUUUCUUUCACCUUAGUUUCAAUAUGAUUUGUUUGAACUGCGGACUAAUCAUCUUAAAGCCCAAAUAAUUAUGUAAUUACAAUUAUAUACGAUACUACAGCAAAAACCUGUUAGUAGAAAACAAAUGUGGUAAAUUAUAUGUGAAAGUCAGAAAUACAAUUAGGGUAUGAAAAGAUAAGAAAUCUACUGUUAUACAGAUCUUUCCAAAAACACCUGUAUCAUGUUUGUUUAUUGGUUUGCUGCAAACCCCAGGUAUAAAAUAGGCUUCUCGAUGUUACAGUACAAAGUUCAGCCACUGUUAAUGCAUUUAUCACACAAGUCUGGAUAGAAAAGGAGGGGGGGGGGCAUAACAGUUCACAGAACAGAGCGAGCCGAGCUGACGAACACAGAGACCAAUUGUACAGCAAGAAGAACAGAAGGAGGAGGGGACGUAAAUCCACAGAAAGCAGCAUUCUUCUUCUUUUAAAUUAACAGGUUUUAGAGUCAGGAUUCCAGAUUUAUCUGUGACAGAGAGGCGCUUUAAGAGGAGUGGAGGAAGCGGUUGAAGGCGUUGUAGGCCGACUCCAGGUCAAA